AUGGUAUCAGAGACAGUUGAAGCCAAGGGGCCACUCUACCCCGAUUACCUGCCCUUCUAUGACCCUCUCGAAAAGGUCGAGAUGGUGGGCCCGUUCGAGCACGAUGACCCAGGCCACCGAGCUGAUCCAUCAUUCCCGAAUCUUUUGGAAAAAGCGACCAAUGUCCUGGAGUUGAGCCCUCAUUGUGGAACAGAGCUACAAGGAGUUCAGAUUGAGCGCGGCUGUUUAGUAUUCAGGAACCAAGAUUUUACCGAUCUGGGCUUUGAAAAGCAGAAGGAGAUUGCCUCUCAUUUUGGCCCCCUUCACAAACACGGAUGGAUGCCUCAUCCUAAAAAUGGCCCGGAAGAGUUUGUUAUCGUAUAUGACUCUAAGGAUGACUUGCGUAUUCGCAAAUCCUGGGCAAGAAAAAGCCCAAUCCAAUUCCACGUCGAUCAGUCCCCUGAGACUCAGCCUCCUGGUGCUACCUUUUUCUGUAUGCUCGAGUCCCCCCCAGGAGCGGGAGGAGACACAAUCAUUUCAAACAUGACCCGCGCAUUUGAUCGUCUUUCUCCCUCAUUCCGCAAGCGACUUGAAGGCCUAAAAGCCGUGCACACCACAGCAAACCCAAUCAUGCGUGAGAUCCGCGAUAACGGUGCGGAAUCAGUCUUGCGUCGCCCGAUAACUCGAACCAUCCACCCAGUCGUCGUCGUUCACCCUGUCACCAAAAAGAAAGCUCUAUUUGUCAACUCCUCUUACACUCAAAGUAUCGUUGGUUGGGAUGAGGAAGAAUCAGACUAUAUGCUGAAGUUCCUGUUUGACCAUAUCAAUCGCGGCCAUGAUUUCUGCUGUCGCGUGCGAUAUGAGCCUGGUACAGUGGUUAUCUGGGAUCAGAGGGUCACGCAACAUUCGCAGACCUUGGAUUAUUCCGCUGGUUCUCGAAGACAUGCGUUCCGGUUGACCCCACUGGCUAAUGUGCCAAUUCCAAGUUUGGUUGAGGAGGAUGAUGGAGAGUGUGCCAAAGAUGAAGGGAGGAUGAUGCUUAACCUGUGCUAG